AUGAAGCUUCUUCUCCUGACUUUGGCUGUUACCCUGUAUAUGGCUGAGACCGUCUCAGUCAGGAAGUGUUGGGGCGCAUCAGGCAAGUGCAGAGCAACAUGUAAAGCGAAUGAAGUGUUCUAUAUAUUAUGCAAAUCUGAAGAUAAGUGCUGUGUGACUCCUAAGUAUGUACCCCAACUUGUAUCCUCAAAGACUCAUGGAAGACAGAGAUCAUCUGCAGUCUGACACCUCUUCUAAAUUUGAGUCUCAACAUCACUGAAUCUUGUAGUUGCAUUAAAUCACUUUUGGUUG